ACACGCUUCCUGGUGACGCCAUGAAGCGUCACUAACCUUCUGAAUUGUUUUUCUGCAGUGUGCGGUCUUGUACACAGACAGACACUGAUAAUGAGCAACUGAAGUUACAGCGAGCAUAAAGAACAAGUUUAAUUCAAGUACACUGGACAUGUCAGACCCUAGAACAGCUGGAGCUGAUGCUGGAUCAGUGGUGUCAGACCCUCAACACUCCCAAAAGCUUCUAAGGGUCCUUCAGUCUUUAAGACAAGAUGAUUGUUUUCAAGAUGCAGUGCUGGUUUUGGAAGGUGAACAGAUUCCUGUCCAGAAAAACAUUCUGGCUGCUGCUAGUCCAUACAUCAGGACCAAAUUAAAUUACAACCCACCAAAGGAGGAUGGAUCUGUAUACAAAAUCGAGUUGCAAGGAAUCUCGGUCACCACCAUGAAGCAGAUAUUGGACUACAUUUUCAGUGGGGAGAUUACUCUAAGUGAAGACACUAUCCAGGAUGUGGUCCAGGCUGCUGAUCUUCUGCUCCUCACUGAUCUCAAAUCUCUGUGCUGUCAGUUCCUGGAGAGCUGCAUCACUGCAGAGAACUGCAUCGGAAUUCGGGUCUUCUCUUUGCAUUACUGCCUACACCACGUCUACCACGUGGCCACAGAGUUCCUGCAGACGCAUUUUCGAGAUGUGGCCAAUACAGAGGAAUUCCUGGAGCAGCCGCCCGAUCGUCUGUGUGAGCUGCUGUCCAUAGAGAAGCUCAAUGUGGGGAACGAAAAGCAUGUGCUGGAGGCUGUGGUCCGCUGGCUGGCCCAUGACAUUGAAGCUCGGCGAGUUCAUAUGAAAGAAGUGAUGUCUGCCGUCUGGGUUCAAGGCCUGGACCAGUCCUAUCUCCAGGAGCAGAUGCUCGGAGACGCCCUGAUGAGGGAGGUUAUAAGGAAUUAUUGUAUGGAAUCACUGGGAGGAGCAGCGCAGCAUGGGGAGGCGCUGCUUGCUGCGUUUAAACCCCGUGGCUACUCUGAGUGUAUCGUCACAGUAGGCGGUGAGGAGAGGAUCUCUCGGAAGCCCACGGCAGCGGCUCGCUGCAUGUGUCCACUUUAUGACCGAAACAGACAGCUCUGGAUUGACCUGAAGCCAAUGAAUGAGAGGCGAAUUGGUCACGGGGUUGUGUCAGCAGAGGGGUUCCUGUUUGCAGUAGGAGGAAUGGAUGAGAAUAAAACUGUCUUGAGCAGCGGAGAGAAAUAUGACCCAGAGACCAACACCUGGACCCAAAUCCCACCAAUGAUGCAGGCCAGACAGCACUUUGCCAUGGCGGAGCUGGAUGGGAUGAUCUAUGUUUUGGGUGGAGAGAACGAGGACACUGAGGUCCUUCUCACGAUGGAGGUGUUUGACCCCCAUUGUAACGUCUGGAGAACACAGCCAAAAAUGACCACAGUGCGCAAGUUUGGUAGCUGUGCCACCAUGAAAAAGAGACUGUACGUGAUGGGCGGUGGAUCGUAUGGGAAGAUUUAUGACUCCGUGGAGUGCUAUGACCCCAAAACCCAACAGUGGACAACAGUCUGCCCACUUAAGGAGAGAAGAUUUGGGGCGGUAGCAUGUGGCAUUGGACAAGAGCUCUACGUGUUUGGUGGUGUGCGGAACAGAGACGCCGACAAUCCAGAGUCCAGUCAGAUGACCAUCUGCAAGUCUGAGUUCUUCCAUGAUGAGCUAAAAAGGUGGGUGCUCUUAGAUGACCAAAACCUCUGCAUACAAGCUACAUCAUCUUUUGUGUAUGGAGCUGUUCCCAUUGGUGCCAGUAUAUAUGUGAUCGGAGAACUUGACACUGGCACCAGUUUUGACUAUGUCCGGGAGUUCCGCAGAAGUACGGGUACCUGGCACCCCACCAGACCCCUCAUGCCCUCUGAUCUGAGUAAGACGAGCUGUGCUGCCCUACGCAUCGCCAACUGUAAGCUGUUCCGCCUGCAGCUCCAGCAGGGACAGUUCCAGAUCCGAGUUCCAUCCACAUAAACAACCCGCAUCUUCACCACUGACUUUAUGUCACUCCUCCAUUGUCUGCUGGUUUGGAGGAGGAUGCAGGGGAUUGUGGGAUUACAUUGGCUUCGGAUGAGGUUUGGUUAUAAUGUUGAAAAGCUUGAAUGAUUGUCCUGUUAUUUUAUGUUUGAUGCCUUUUCUUAAAGGAUACAUUGUACUUCCUUUUUGGUUCUUUUUUUUUUUACAUGACUCCAAAUCACAGGAAAUGUUGUUACAUUAGAUGGGAUCUGCACACUAUUUACCAGGUUCAUUUGAAUAGUUUACAAUGUGUUUUAUCUGGCAGUUGUUGUAGCAUGUUAUUUGACACAGCAUUUUUGAACAUUGGUGAAGGAGGUCAAAAUUGCUUUUAUAUGGUCUUAAUUAUGGUCUUAAAUGUGGGUUCAAUAAGUAAGGGAACAAAUCAAAAUCUAACCAGGGCUAGUGGUAUGUUAGUAUCAAGCACAAUUAUGUUGCUAAUAUAAAUUUUUAGGAACUGUACAAUCAAAAAAGAAAUGGGAAUGGGCUAGAUUAUUCAAACGAUUUAAGAUAUAUUAAUAUUAGACCUUUCAGCGUGAUUAAUCUCAUUCUUUUGCUGAUAAUUAGAUUACUAUCGAAUUUUAAAUUUACCAUUAUAUAAUUAUAAUUUUUAAAUAAACAGUUUUUAUAUAUAUAUAUAUAUAUAUAUAUAUAUAUAUAUAUAUAUAUAAUAAACAGUUAUAUUUAUACUACGGGGCUGUUGAAUGCUCGAAUCUGAUUGGUUGACCAACGUUCUAAGGCGUGCAAUUAUUUUCAGGGAAACGCACGGCUAAAGUAGUUCUAGCAAAGUGUUAUUCUAUCCAUGGGUUUCAUGUGACGUCACUGUGUUUUAUCGCCACCAUUUUUGUGUCCAGUCACAGUUGCGCGACCUGUGUAAGUCUAUGGUAACAACUACCGCCGGAAGACCAAAGAAGUAUUCCCAGAAGGUUCACAACAUGCCCGGGAUAUGUUGUGCUGUGAACUGUAACAACAAUCGUCAGAGAAACCCCGAACUGCAAUUUUAUUCAAUCCCAAAGGAGUUAGAUUGGUGGAAUAAAUGGUUGGCUUCUAUCAGAAGGAACCACUGGCAGCCAACAUCCAACUCCAGAUUGUGCAUUCAGCACUUUGUCUCUGGUAAAGCCAUCAAUUAAACUAAUUAUAACUUUUAUUUCUUAGCUCCCUUUUCCAGGAAUAUGCUUAAAAACCCUCAAACAUGGUUAACUUAAGUUGCCAUUUAAUUAACGUUAGCAGUGCCAUCAUUCAAACACACCAUAAGCUUAUUUGCAUUAUAUUAAUACUAGCUAAAUUAGCGUUAUAUUAAGAUUGUGUAGUAAGCUAGCUAACGUUAUCUUGUUAUACUAUCAUUGACUCAAAAGUGCCUAAUAACAGAUGUUUUUUCCAAAUAUCGUUUUUUUUUUUUUUUUUCCUGUCUCAUUUAGAUGCGCAGUGUUAGUUGCCAUCUCCGACACAAAUAUGGCGGCGGGCAUAGCGGAAGUGCAGCUUUGAAAACCAUGGAUAGUCUUUGGUUCUAGGCAGGUCUUGACUGCAUUACAGUUCUAUAUCACUUCGCCAAAUGAUUUCAGUUAUUUCAAAAGGUCCUUACAGCCUAUAACAGCAAAAGAAACAAAACACACAACAACACCGACCAAGCAAAUAAUUAUAGUAAACAGUAGGAUGAAAAUGACAAAUUAGUGGCAUGAUUUUUGCCACAAAAUACGUUUUAUUGUGUCCUGAAAGCUCUCGUGUGCUCUCUUUCAAACGUACACAUGUACUGUAUCGUACAGACAAACACGCACAGAAACGUUUGGUCAGCGUGCACUCUGACAAAUUAAUCAGUAAAAUGACUCAACAGUGAGGUAAUAACUGUGCGAUUCUUGAGGUAGAUAAACUUAUAGUUUCGUUUCGCUAUUAGUAGAGACAGUGCUGCCGUGAGACAGACACUCGGGUAGGCUAAUUCACAUAUGCUCUCUCUCUCUCUCUCUCUCUCUCUCUCUCUCUCUCUCUCUCUCUCUCUCUCUCUGCGUUAAUAACUGUAUCAACGGUAUUAUUCUGCUAUCAAGGCUCAAGCCUUUGUUACUAGUUCUGAAAUGACGUUGUGGAAUUAGCAACGGAGGCUUGGGAUGAGAUGCAUAAGAAAUUAGCCACACAGACAAGAGUGUUUUAAGGACAAAAACCUGACAAAUUUCUUGAAAUACAACAUGGGAACAGUGUCUUGAGGUUUGGUAACCGCAGUAUAAGCGGAAUAAUUGACUCCGGGCCAUCGAAUUCUUAGAAAAUAAUGCACACCCGAGGUGUAACGGAUUACCACCUCGGGUGUGCGUUAUUUUCUAAGAAUUCAAUGGCCCGUCGUAAAUUAUUCCUUACAUAUACAAUUAAAAAUUAUAAAAUAUACACACAAUAAAAAAUGUAUAUACACAGUACGUUUGCUGAAUGCCUUCUUUCUUUAAAGGCCUUUUUAUUUACCUUGUCCAGGAUUAAUUUCAAUCUUGUUGAACUUCAUUAAUAAGCAAAUUCUGCCUUACGAACUGCAAAUAUCAUUACUUUUGUUAAAAAUCCCAUCUGUUUUAUAUACAGAAAAAAAUGCCAUUAAAAGCCCGGCUGUUUGUAUUGAACAUGGAUACCUGUGGUUCAGCUAUGGUUCUGAAGAGUACUUAGAGCAUGAACAUUAUAGAAUUAAGCUGAUUUAAUGUUAAAUUAGUUUAAUGAAUGCCGUUAAACAUUUAAUUAGUCCCAAAAGUUUACUUCGGUAGCCUUAGUUAAUAUGCAACUUAUUAAGAUGUGUUUUCUGAUCAGAGGUUCUUGGGCAAGAAUAUCACAAGUUUACAUUUUAGACUAAUUCAUACGCGCUUUAUUGUCGAAGUAAAAACUGGAGGUGGUGGAUAUAUUUGCCUAUUUUAUGUGUGAUGGUCUUCCUGUCUUUACUGAUCAAAUUUUGCUGUUGGUCUUGUAUCCAGGGACUCAAAACACCACAGCAUGUCAGAAAUAGAUGCAAGUUGCUGGUCUCACCCUUAUGUGGCGAGAUGUAUUUUGUGAAUGACCUCUGAACUGGCUUUCCUGUCAGUGUGGAUGGUUUUGGCAUCUGGUGACCCCAUUUGUUCUGUGCAUGAUUCAGCUGCUGCUGUCUGUUCUAAUUGAAGGGACGAACAUUGCAUAUUCACCACCAUGGAAAAGCACUCCAAUAGCGGGAAUAAAUACCACACUUUCACACACUAACAUUUGUCAGAAUCUAUGAGAAGGAGGAAUGUAGACAAAACAAAAUAUUUACAGGACCAAUUUGUGGUGUCUGCACCAGUGCACUGGUCACAAGAUUGAAGAUGUGCACUGACCAACAAUGUUUGUGUAAGUUGUUCUUUCUGUAUCAUCACAAAAAGUGCUGUUGUUAUUGACAUCUAAUAUAAAAUUGUACUCUCAGAAUGCAGAAUAUACCAACUAUGCAUGAUAUGUAAUGUGUGUUCCUUGCCAAGAUUUCACACACAAUACAUGCUCAUGAAAAACGGUCAACACACUCACUUUACUGUAAACAUUGUCAUGACUCCAUUUGCACAAAACACUAAAACACUUGGUGUCUGCCAGAACAUUGUGAUUAAUAAAAUGUAGCAUAAUGUUUAUGCAUAGUGGUGUUCUGAUAUAAAAGGGACAUUUUCACUGUGGAAUUUUCAUUCCAUUCUUUGUGAUGUUUUGGGGUGCGAGUCAGGCUUAAAUUUGCCUAUAAGAUACAGAAAAAGAUGUUGAAAUCUGCCUUGUAAUAAAAUCUCAUGCAGAAGUC